GCUCUUAGUGAUAUUCGUACAAUCGUUUGAAUUUCCGCGCACAAUGAAUGUUAAGAGAUAAACGUUGUUUAAACGUGUUGUUGUUAAAAUUAAAUUUGAUAUUUCACCGUCGGAGAACAAGUGUAAAUUAUAAUACACAACCAAUAAAACAAGUGGAUGUUUUUGUUGUCAAUAAAAUGCAUUUUCAAUCGAAAUAAGCAAAACCGUGUUGUAUUAAUGUUCAGUUUUCUAUUAUUGAAUUAUGCCCCGACCUCCGAGGGAAUCAUAUGGCGAUCAAAAGCCCCCAUAUUCAUAUAUUUCCUUAACGGCUAUGGCUAUUUGGAAUUCACCCGAAAAAAUGUUACCUCUGAGUGAUAUUUAUAAAUUUAUAAUUGAUCGUUUUCCUUAUUAUCGGAAAAACACACAACGCUGGCAAAAUUCCUUACGGCAUAACCUCAGUUUUAAUGAUUGCUUUAUAAAGGUUCCUCGAAGACCAGAACGGCCAGGCAAAGGUGCGUACUGGGCUCUUCACCCACAAGCAAUUGAUAUGUUUGAAAAUGGUAGCUUACUACGGCGUCGGAAACGCUUCAAACUACACAAACACGAUAAGGAUUAUUUGAAAGAAGAACUAGCUACAUGGGCAAAUCUUAAUCGUUUCUUUUUUACUCCACAAAAUACGUCAACAUCAGCAGAAUUACCAUUAAUUAAUGACUCUUCGCUCUAUUUAACUAAUGUAGCAAAUAUAGCUAAAUUAACUCAAUGUUCUGUUGGAAACACGCAUCCUAACACAAAUUUUGCAUCUACUGCUAUAUCAUUAGGAUAUCCACAAGUAACAAUGUCAACAAAUAGUGAUACAACAUUCUCGAAUAUAUUACAUAGUUCCCAAGUAAUAUCACCAAUCAUGGAUGGAUCAACCAUUAUUAACAAAUCUCGACAAAAACGUUCUUUUACUAUUGAAAGUUUAAUAACGCCCGAUAAACUUGAUUCAAAGUCUAUAAAAGGCGUUAACAGUUACGAUAAAACUAUUACCGAAAGACUGGAAACAGAAACACUAAAACAGAAUUGUGCCACCUUACACAGUUCUAUAUUCAGUGCUGAAAUGAACCAUCAACCCCUUCCUCCGUUGCACACGAUUACUGGAAAUACCCACAUACCCCUUCUGCAUUAUAAUAGGUCAGAAGCUAAUUGUAUCAAUUUGGAUCCUUGCUUAAAUUCCACAACAGUUUACGAUAUUCCGCUGCAUCCAAUAUUAAUGAUGAAAUCUCCGCUUGGAAACUUACAACCGUUAUAUUUUGCAAAUGUUGAUAUACCAACAGACCAACACACGUCAUCUAAUUCACGACAGAGUUCCAGCCUGAGAACUGCAUGACAUCAUUAGUUGUAAUCGUCUAUAGUUGAAAUAAACUGGAGUCAUCUUCUUUAGUUCCUAAUGGCUGUUAUGCACAAAUGUGGUCUUAUAUGUUGUGUGACCGUAUAUCGACUCCCAGCUUUCGAAGUACGCGCUACCGUCCGUUUUUUUU